CCUAAGAUGGUCUUUUCUCCAUUUUCCAGGCUAAGCAAAGAAGAAGAAAUGAGUCUUUCUUUUUGUGGGAACAACAUCUCCUCAUAUGACAUCUAUGACGGUGUUCUCCAAAACUCCUGCUUUGUGGACGCACUCAACCUGGUCCCUCAUGUGUUUCUGCUGUUCAUCACCUUCCCAAUACUGUUCAUUGGAUGGGGGAGCCAAAGUUCAAAAGUACAAAUUCAUCACAACACGUGGCUUCAUUUUCCUGGACAUAACUUGAGAUGGAUCCUGACAUUUGCACUCCUGUUUGUGCACGUCUGCGAAAUAGCAGAAGGCAUUGUUUCAGACUCGCGGCGGGCGUCCAGACACCUGCACCUUUUCAUGCCGGCCGUGAUGGGAUUUGUUGCCACUACCACGUCCAUCGUGUACUACCAUAACAUUGAGACGUCAAACUUCCCUAAAUUACUUUUAGCUUUGUUCCUGUACUGGGUAAUGGCCUUCAUUACAAAGACCAUAAAGUUGGUCAAAUACUGGCAGAUGGGGUGGGGAGUGUCAGAUCUGCGCUUCUGCAUCACAGGAGUGAUGGUCAUCCUGAAUGGGCUGCUGAUGGCUGUGGAAAUCAAUGUCAUCCGUGUCAGAAGAUACGUCUUCUUCAUGAAUCCUCAGAAGGUGAAACCACCAGAAGACCUUCAGGACCUGGGUGUGAGGUUCCUCCAGCCGUUCGUGAACUUACUUUCCAAAGCUACCUACUGGUGGAUGAACACGCUUAUCAUAUCUGCUCACAGGAAGCCUGUCGAUCUGAAGGCGAUUGGAAAGUUGCCGAUAGCGAUGCGGGCUGUGACAAAUUACGUUUGCCUGAAAGAUGCCUAUGAAGAGCAAAAGAAAAAGGUCGCCGAUCGUCCGAAUCGGACCCCGUCGAUAUGGUUGGCCAUGUACAGAGCCUUCGGGAGACCGAUCCUACUGAGCAGCACAUUCCGGUACUUGGCUGACUUGCUGGGGUUCGCUGGUCCUCUCUGCAUUUCAGGAAUAGUCCAGCGUGUGAACGAAACCCAGAAUGGGAUGAGUAACACGACGGGAAAUUCAGAGAAACUCUCGUCGAAGGAAUUUCUGGAAAACGCCUAUGUGCUGGCUGUCCUGCUCUUCCUGGCCCUCGUCCUUCAGAGGACAUUUUUGCAGGCUUCCUACUAUGUGACCAUAGAGACUGGCAUCAACCUCCGUGGGGCCCUGCUGGCCAUGAUAUACAAUAAAAUCCUUCGGCUAUCCACGUCUAACCUAUCCAUGGGCGAGAUGACCCUGGGACAGAUCAACAACUUGGUUGCCAUAGAAACCAAUCAGCUCAUGUGGUUCCUGUUCCUGUGUCCCAAUCUGUGGGCCAUGCCUGUUCAGAUCAUAAUGGGGGUGAUCCUGCUGUAUAAUUUACUUGGGUCCAGUGCGCUGGUGGGCGCUGCCGUCAUUGUACUCCUCGCACCGAUGCAGUACUUCAUCGCCACAAAGCUGGCGGAGGCUCAGAAGAGCACUCUGGAUUAUUCCACCGAGAGGCUGAAGAAGACAAACGAGAUACUGAAAGGCAUCAAGCUCCUUAAGCUGUAUGCCUGGGAGCACAUUUUCUGUAAAAGCGUGGAAGAGACUAGAAUGAAGGAGCUCUCCAGCCUCAAAACCUUUGCGCUCUACACAUCACUCUCCAUCUUCAUGAAUGCAGCAAUUCCCAUCGCGGCUGUUCUUGCAACAUUUGUGACACAUGCGUAUGCCAGUGGAAACAACCUGAAACCUGCUGAAGCCUUUGCCUCGCUGUCUCUCUUCCACAUCCUUGUCACGCCACUCUUCUUGCUGUCCACAGUGGUCAGAUUUGCAGUCAAAGCCAUUAUCAGCGUCCAAAAGUUGAAUGAGUUCCUCUUGAGUGAUGAGAUCGGCGAGGACAGCUGGAGGACCGGGGAGGGCACACUGCCUUUUGAGUCUUGUAAGAAGCAUACCGGAGUGCAAUCAAAACCGAUAAACAGGAAGCAGCCUGGGAGGUACCACCUGGACAGCUACGAGCAAGCGCGGCGUCUUCGGCCUGCUGACACGGAAGAUAUUGCCAUAAAGGUGACAAAUGGAUACUUUUCAUGGGGCAGUGGUUUGGCCACAUUAUCCAAUAUCGACAUUCGAAUUCCAACAGGCCAGUUAACCAUGAUUGUGGGCCAGGUGGGAUGUGGAAAAUCAUCUCUUCUCCUUGCCAUCCUUGGUGAGAUGCAGACCCUGGAAGGGAAGGUUUACUGGAGCAAUGUAAAUGAAUCUGAGCCUUCUUUUGAAGCAACCCGAAGCAGAAGCAGGUAUUCUGUGGCUUAUGCUGCCCAGAAGCCCUGGCUCCUAAAUGCUACAGUCGAGGAAAAUAUCACCUUCGGAAGUCCUUUCAACAGACAGAGGUACAAAGCUGUCACCGAUGCCUGCUCACUUCAGCCAGAUAUUGAUUUGUUACCAUUUGGAGACCAAACUGAAAUCGGAGAGCGGGGUAUCAACCUGAGUGGCGGCCAGAGGCAGAGAAUCUGUGUGGCACGGGCACUCUACCAAAACACUAACAUUGUCUUCUUGGACGAUCCAUUCUCUGCCCUGGACAUCCACCUGAGCGAUCACUUGAUGCAGGAAGGAAUUCUCAAGUUUCUCCAGGAUGACAAGAGAACGGUUGUCCUUGUGACUCACAAACUGCAGUACCUGACACACGCUGACUGGAUCAUAGCCAUGAAGGAUGGAAAUGUGUUAAGAGAAGGGACUUUGAAAGACAUUCAGACCAAAGACGUGGAGCUUUAUGAGCACUGGAAAACCCUCAUGAAUCGACAAGAUCAAGAGUUAGAAAAGGACAUGGAAGCAGACCAAACAACACUGGAGAGGAAGACUCUCCGCCGAGCCAUGUAUUCAAGGGAGGCCAAGGCACAGAUGGACGAUGAAGAUGAAGAGGAAGAGGAGGAGGAAGAUGAGGACGACAACAUGUCAACUGUAAUGAGGCUCAGGACCAAGAUGCCCUGGAAAACGUGCUGGUGGUACCUCACUUCAGGAGGUUUUUUCUUGCUCUUCCUCAUGAUAUUCUCCAAGCUUCUGAAGCACUCGGUGAUUGUGGCUAUAGACUACUGGCUGGCUACGUGGACAUCCGAGUACAGUAUAAAUCACACUGGGAAAGCUGACCAGACUUUCUAUGUGGCUGGGUUUAGCAUCCUCUGUGGAGCUGGCAUUUUCCUUUGCCUCGUCACCUCCCUCACUGUGGAAUGGAUGGGUCUCACAGCCGCCAAGAACCUCCACCACAAUCUCCUGAAUAAGAUAAUUCUUGGGCCAAUAAGGUUCUUUGAUACGACACCCCUGGGACUGAUUCUCAAUCGGUUUUCUGCUGAUACCAAUAUCAUCGACCAGCACAUCCCUCCCACUUUGGAGUCGCUGACCCGCUCGACUCUGCUCUGCUUGUCCGCCAUCGGGAUGAUCUCCUACGCCACGCCGGUGUUCCUUGUUGCCCUCGUGCCCCUGGGUGUCGCCUUUUAUUUCAUCCAGAAAUAUUUCCGAGUUGCCUCCAAGGAUCUCCAGGAACUUGAUGACAGCACCCAACUCCCUCUGCUUUGUCACUUCUCAGAAACAGCUGAAGGGCUCACCACUAUCCGGGCCUUCAGGCAUGAAACCAGAUUCAAGCAACGCAUGCUAGAGCUGACAGACACAAACAACAUUGCCUACUUGUUUCUCUCGGCCGCCAACAGAUGGCUGGAGGUCAGAACGGACUACUUGGGAGCUUGCAUUGUCCUCACAGCAUCCAUUGCAUCCAUUAGCGGAUCUUCCAAUUCUGGACUAGUGGGCUUGGGUCUCCUGUAUGCCCUCACGAUAACCAACUAUCUGAAUUGGGUUGUGAGGAACUUGGCUGACCUGGAGGUCCAGAUGGGAGCAGUGAAGAAAGUGAACAGUUUCCUGACUAUGGAAUCUGAGAACUAUGAAGGCACCAUGGAUCCUUCUCAAGUCCCAGAACAUUGGCCACAAGAAGGCGAGAUCAAGAUUCAUGAUCUAUGUGUCAGAUAUGAAAACAACCUGAAGCCCGUUCUGAAACACGUCAAGGCGUACAUCAAGCCUGGGCAGAAGGUGGGCAUCUGUGGUCGAACUGGCAGUGGGAAGUCAUCCUUGUCUCUGGCUUUCUUCAGAAUGGUCGACAUAUUUGAUGGGAAGAUAGUCAUUGAUGGGAUCGACAUUUCCAAACUGCCGCUGCACACGCUGCGCUCUCGGCUCUCUAUCAUCCUUCAGGACCCAAUCCUCUUCAGUGGCUCCAUCAGAUUUAACUUGGACCCUGAGUGCAAGUGCACCGAUGACAGGCUCUGGGAGGCUCUGGAAAUUGCCCAGCUGAAGAAUCUGGUCAAAUCUCUGCCGGGAGGCUUAGAUGCCACUGUCACUGAAGGUGGGGAGAACUUCAGUGUGGGGCAGAGGCAGCUGUUCUGCUUGGCCAGGGCCUUUGUGCGGAAGAGCAGCAUCCUCAUCAUGGAUGAGGCCACGGCCUCCAUCGACAUGGCCACGGAGAACAUUUUGCAGAAAGUAGUAAUGACAGCCUUUGCGGACCGCACAGUCGUGACCAUAGCUCAUCGGGUUCACACCAUUCUGACUGCAGACCUGGUCAUCGUGAUGAAGCGAGGAAACAUUUUGGAAUAUGACACCCCGGAAAGCCUCUUGGCCCAGGAAGAUGGAGUGUUUGCCUCAUUUGUUCGCGCAGACAUGUGAAAGGAAGCUACAGGAGAGCACAUGAACUUAGAUGAUAGAUGCCUCCGGUCAGCACAGCCGAGGACCCUCCCCUUGGCCUUCUAGGGCGGCACCAUAACUCCAGCAGGUUUCUGUACGCAAAGUUGGGAUCUGUGUCCUGUUUUGGUUUAACAGUUUUCUGAGAUACACUUCUUGUGGGGUCACCAAGGGUAUUUUUCUAGUGACUGGCCAUGUUAGAAUAACAGGUUAUGUUAAAGCAAGCUAGCUACAUUCAGAGGUAAGUCAGUUUGGGUUAAGUCUGGUCACCGACAGUGAAGCACGGAAGCUGAAAUCAGUAACCUAUAUCACACACUCUUACUUGGAAGAUUAGCCUUGCCCUGCUGUUGAGGUGCCCGCUUAUGAAAAAGAGUAAAAGAAAAUUCAUUUUCCAGUGAAAUACUCAAGUUCAUUAUCUACCAUAGAAUAUUCUGUUUUUAACAUUAUUAAUAUUGAUUUAAAAAAAACUUUUCCCCUUUUAAAUCAUUUCCUGUCACCAA